CGGUUUUCCUCUGUUUACACCUGCACCAUAAAGGAUUCACAGGUCCUGUUUUUUGCCGGUGUAUUUUGGAUGUACUGAAUUAACCUACAAUGACUCCAUUAACAUUAUUAUGUCUCUGUGUGGCUCUGCUGUUUGCUGAUUUGGCGUCUUCAGAACAGAAAACCGUCACAGCUAAGUCUGGACAGAAGAAUGUCACUCUGACAUGUGGAGCUCUAAACAAAAACAUCAUAGUUGUAGAGUGGAGCAGAGAAGGCUUGGAGCCAGAAUUUGUCCUUGUUUACCGAGGUGGGCAGUUUGUUCCAGAUGAGCAGCAUCCAUCUUUUAAGAAGCGGGUGGAUCUGCAGGACAAACAGAUGAAGGAUGGAGACGUGUCUUUGAUUCUGAAGGAUGUGACGAUUAAUGAUAAUGGAACAUACAAGUGUCAUGUCAAGAGAGAGGGAGAGAGUAUGAAACUCAUCAGCAUCAUCUAUCUGAGAGUUGAUCCUCCAGUUCAGCCAGAACACACAAAGGAUGGAGGGAAGAAGGGUAUCCCUGUUGGACAGGAAAUCGGUCUGUAAUUUAUCGGUCACACAAAAUAUGGAUGUAAGGGACAGAUGAUUUUUGUGUAUGGUUCUGGUUUGUUUCUUCUUUUUCUUCUUCUUGUCCUUGUCACUGCUGCUCCUGUUUGUGAUUGGACUUUCAUCUCCAGAAAAUUAAGUCGGGGGUCUCCAGAUAAAACUCACCAGGUUUAAAAACACUAUUUAAAAACUGAUGUUGGUUCAAAAAGAUGAAGAAACAGAUUAGGUGGUCUAAUUCAUGAUGGUUUCACACUACAUAACAUUUUGAUGAUGGAACAACCAGAACAGAGGUCGGCAGCAAAACCAAUGAAGGUUUAAAAAACUCUUAGGACUCUAACACUCAAAAUAUGAAAGCAGAAAUAUGAAUGGAUUUAUUAAAUAUCUUAAAGGUAUUGCACAAAAAAUCAGUUUAUUCUGAGGGGCUCAGCUGAGACUAACUCAAAAUAUAUUUAUCUAUUUGCUGCUGUCCUCAUAUAGAGACGAUACUUUUUAAACUUUCUGCACUUUAUAUAAGUCUUUGGUGAGCAGGUUUUGCCUUUUUUAUGUUAGGCCAUAAAAGCAUUGUCUCCAUAUGAGGACAUGGUUUAAAAAACAAACUUGUGCUUACCAGGUCCAUCUAAAUCCAAAUAAUCAGGAUCAAAUAAUAAUUCAUCCUAAACUAGAGCUCAGGAGGUUAAACUGAGUCAGACCAACUGUGUUGAUGAAGAGAUCAACUUUAAUCCUGCAGAACUACAGUCACAAUGCAGGUUUUCAACAGGAUGAAACCAAAGAGUUUUGUGUGAGUUUUAUAAAUUUGGGAUGUUAAAUGAUGCAAAAUAUGUUUGAGUUUAAAUACUGAAUAAACUCAGUUAAAGCAAGAUUUUGACAGAUGUAUAUAAACUUGGUUAAAAUGAUUUUAUAUAAAGUAGGAGUGUAGGAAGGCUUUAUAACAAAAUUUGUUGAUGGAUUCAUGAUAAGCUGCUGCUGUCUGAGCCACAAUCUGAUUGUUUUAUUUUAAACAAAAACAUGUGAUUUGUAAUAAAGAGAUUUGUUAUCCAGGGGUUCACUUUCUGUGUGAUCUACAGUGCUGUGAAACAGUACAUGUCUCCUAAGCUGAAUAACUGGUUUUGCGAGUGUGUUGGCAGCAACAGCAACAAUCAAGUCAACAAUCAAUGAUCAAUGCUGAUCUUUGGAGGCCUGUUUCACUACACUUUUCUGACCAUGAAGACCAUGAAGACCACUGUGCCACGUGUUCUCCAUAUGUGGAUAACGACUCUCAUCAUACUUCACUGGAGUCCCAAAGUCUCGGAAAUGAAUCUGUGACCUUCCCAGUCUGAUAGAUGUCAGUGACUUUGUUUCUCAGCUCUUCUGUAGAUCGUGGUUUGAUGUGUUGCUUUUGGACGUUUUUCUCCUGCUUCACUUUGUCAGACUCAUUCUACUCCAGUGACUCUUGAUUCAGCAGGUCUGUCAGAUUCGUGUCUAUGUUCACUGUUGGCAUCCAAUAAAGACAAAAUGCCAAAAUAUAAUAUCCAAAAUUAAUGUUUGAUGUUAUGAGAAAAUAAAGUGUGACAAAUAUGCAAGUAAGUAAGAAAUCAGUGAGGAGGCUGAUACUUCUUCACAGCACUUUAUAUGAAACAGCUCAUCUCAUAAAGUCACCAGCAGAGGGCGAUGAGGAGCUGACCUCCUGGUUAAAAGGUCGAGCUGAUGCAAACUCAUCCAUGCAAUGCUUUCCCAUCUCUUCAUAUACAAAGUAACGUCUCACUACUGUGUAACAACUGUCCAUGACUGAUAGUCAAAUAUGUGUUUCCCUGUCAAAAUAUGCUUUUACAGCAUUGACAGUGUGUUUACAGGAGUUCAUCCUAUGAGUAAAUUCAUUUUUAUGCCUUAAUAAUUCAUGGGUCGGGUACUAGGAAUGUGUUAAAAAUAGGUAUAAGAAGAGCCAAAGUCCUAAAACAAAAUUUAAUCAGGAGAAAUAUUGUUCACUUAAAAAUGAAAAGUACAUUUGACUGCUUGGAGGCAACAAAGGUAGAAAAUAAGGCUGGCUCAAGACUUAAAUCAGAGUUUUUCAAUAACUGAGUUCAGUGUUAUUAUUGAUAUAUUUUAGAAUAGCUUUAUCACAUGAAUCUUAAUGAGUUUAGCGAUCCAACAGUGUUUGCACAAAAAGUGGAAGAAGACCUCAUCAGAGGAAGAGGGCGGGCUUUAUUUGGUGUCAGAUACAGAAAUGAAACUUAUUAUAUCGACACAGCUGAGAGUCUGAAAUAUGAAAUUUUAACAUGCCCAUCAUUUCAGUCACGUGUAACUGUCUUUUAAGUUUUGUGCUGCUCAUAGUGAGCGUUACUGUCUGAGCUGUUUGUGGUUGAAACAGAAACUCAAGAAGCUUUUUUAUGUUUCUGGGGGGAAAAGAAAAAACAAAUUUCCUUAUCUUAAAAAGGGAAGUAAAAUGUCGGAGUCGUCCAUAAACAGGCCAUGAAUCUAAAGCUGUUUAAUUAAAUGUGAUCUGUUUUAAAAUAUGAUUAAUAAAUAUAUUGAGUGAAC